UUUGAGAAACAGGAGAGCGUGCUUCAGUAAGACUUUGAAUUGGUGGGAGCUGUGACAAGACUUGUGUUGUAAGGUGUCGCGUUGGGGGUUGUUAUCAGUGAAUAAAAAAAUGGAUACAUCAAAUGAAGCUAAAGAUCUGUUGGAAAGUGACACACAGAAAGUAGAAGUAGAAGAUGGUGCUGCUUCUCCUAAAAUGGCAGGAAUGUUGUCAGAGGAAGAACAAGAGGAACUAAGUAAUGACCUAGCAAAGGUGGAGGAAGAAAUCCAGACCCUUUCUCAAGUGCUGGCAGCCAAAGAGAGACGUUUGGCAGAAAUAAAGAGAAAGUUGGGAAUCACACCACUAAAUGAACUGAGGCAGAACCUGACCAAAAGCUGGGAGGGCAUGACUUCAUCCCCAGCGUAUUUUGCUCUUGCUAUUUUUUUAAUGCUGGCCUCAAGUAUACGAUCAAUACAGCAUUCUAUUAGCAUGCCUGCUAUGAGAAAUUCUCAAACGUUCAAGUCUUUUGAAGAGAAAGUUGAAAAUAUAAAGACCAAAGUCGGCGGAAACAAGCCUGCAGGGGGUGACUUUGGAGAUGUACUGAACUCUACUGCUAAUGCUGGUGUCACAGAGCCUCUUACAGAAGAACCACAUCUAGCAAAAGACGAACCAUGAUAGCAGAGACCACAUUACUUCAAGCCACUGCCAGAGCUGCUGCAAGCAGAAACUACUAAGCACAUUUAGUGUUUGAUGUCAUUUCCACUGGCGGCUGUUCUGAUUUAUCCCUUAAUUCAUUGCAAAACAUAGGUUGCAUUGUACUUCAUAAACAUUGUGUCUGUUUUUUGUUAUUGUGGUCUACAGUCCUUGUACAGUAUGAAACCAUAACUGAAAAUAUUUUAUGAAGUACGUUUCACUUUAUUUUUUCAAGACUUUUUUAAUCUUUGCUUUUGUUCUUUUUCUUCAUAUUCCUUUGACUCCUGACUCAUUGAGUCCUUCUCCUAAGUUGUUCAAGAAUUUUCUAUUGCAGAUUAAGCUUGGUGCCUCUACCUGCUUUAGAGAUGAUAGCGUCCUAUUAUAGAACAGCCUUAUUGCUUUGAAAUAGUGUAUACUGUCAGUGACAGUUGUGGCAUGAAAAGCCACACAUUUGCUCCACGUGGCUCAAAAUGUAGUCUCAUGAUAUUACCAGGACCUAGUGGAAGAGUCUCUUGCUGUGGGACUCCUGCAUUUUCUCAUGGGUUUUAUACAGUAGCUUGAGUGGAAGACUACUUUCCCUCUCCUUGUUUUUCUCUGUGCUUUAUUGUCUUUAUAUCUACACUGACAAGCUAUAACUUUGAGUAAUUUUCUCUCGUUUCACCUUGCCUAGAACUUUUGAGGCCUUUAUUUUUUAUUUUCUGGUUAGUUGUAUGGACAUUGUUUGCCACUUAACUUUUUGGGCUCAGUUCAUCAAGUCUUCUGUAAAGAAAAUGUUAAAGUAUGCAUCUUGAAAGAUGUAUUCUCAUAAGCUUUCCUCAAACUCAAUUUUUAUUGUUGAAUAUAUAGAAAUGGAAUGCUUUCCCUUGGAUCCUUUGUAUCCUAGCUGGUAGUAACUGUUUAAUGUAUGGUUGUCUGUCACAUCACCUUUUUAAUUUUAGGAGUAAUGUACAGUGAUACUCUAUAGGGUGCUGAUUUGCUUUUUUGACAGGCCAGAAGUAAGUAGUGUGGGUAGAUGCAUGCACUGUAGAGAGUCUCUAUAAACCUACUCUGUAAAUGCAAAGUUUUCUUCACAGAAAAUGUUUUUCUCUCUACUGUGUAAAAUCUUUUCAUUUGAAUUUUCUUGGUUUUAAUAAGUAGGAAGAGGAGUAUUUCUUCAAAUGAAGAAUUAACUGAUUUACUUAGUAUACUGGUGUAGGCUGGGCGCACUUGUAAAAAUUAUUCAGCAAGCAAUGGGUAGAAUGUGUGCCUUGUUUCCAGAACUCUGCCCAGGGGUAGAAUGUGUGCCCUGUUCCCGUAACUCCACCCAGCGGUAGAAUGUGUGCCCUGUUCUUAGAACUCCACCCAGUUAUCACAAUUUUCAUGAACGAUAGACACCUCAUCAGUACUAAUUGCUCUAACCUAGGUUAUGCGGUGACCUUUGUUUCAAGUAACUUGCUGUGUGGUUGAAACUGUAGAUUUUUUCUUUUAUUUGGCAUUAUCAAGCAACGGGAACACACACAGGUAGGACCAUUUGUAAAUUAAACUUGAGCACUGAGCUACAAAACACUGUUGUGUUUUCUGACCUAUAUUUAGUAUUCAUGCUGUUUUAACAAGCUGGUAUAUUUUGUUACAGGCAAAACUGUAUUUUUUCUCAAUAACACUUCGCCUGUGAGACUAACUGCAUUCAGAAGAUGGCAGUAAUUUGGGUAUCUCAGUUUUGUCAUUUUGAUUAGUAGUAGUUACAAACUUGCAGACCGUCCUGUAGUCAUCCCAGCUGUGCUAUAUCUUUUUGAGCAUUCACUGUAAUAUAAUUCCACACUUUUGAUAGUUAAUCUUUUGAGCACUUUAUAAAGCAUGUGCGGUUUAGCUGUACUGAUAGUAGUUAAGAAACAGAUGGGACUUAACCACAUCAGUAAAAUAUGCAUUAAAACUAAAAGGCAAUCUGAGCACAGAAAGAUACAUAAAGGUUAAAUUGUGUACAAGUAACACUAUUCUUGGAGAUGUCCAGUUUGUGUUUAUAGUUAACCCUUAGUCACGUUACAGAAGAACUAAUCUAUUACACAGCAUUAUCUGGUAAAGCACCUUCAGGUUUCCUUCCAAUAACAGUGUUGGUAAAUACAGUAUCUCAAGUCUUUUGUUUUAAGACUAAAUUUUAUUAAAAUAAGACUAUUUUAAAUGUAAUUUCUUGUCCUUGGUGUGUGUGCUUCAUGGAGCAUUACUCUUGCCUCUCUUUAUACAUUAUUUAAAAAUUAUUGCUUCAUUCAUCAAACAUGUAUUGUUUAAUAUGUUGUGGCUGUUUGGACAAAAAGACUUGACCACCUAUGGCAAGGUAUACUUCCAGGAAGGUUCUUAAAAUUUGUGGUCCCAUUGUUAUAGCUUAUCACAGCACAGAUUUUGACUGUUUUAGGUGCUAUCAGCUGUACUGCUUGAGCAAAAUCUUAAUUAAUAGUUCAUUACUAUGUUAGGCCUGUGAGAGGGAUAAAUCAGAAUUCAAAUUGAAAUGGUUUCUUUCAUAAUGUAAUGACCAUUAAGAAACGAGUUCAUUUUAAUGGUAGAGUAACAUCUGCACAGAUGUAAGAAAUUGAAAUUAAAUGCACAGUAAAUUAGUGGGAAUCUGUUUUAAGCAAGUAGUUUAUGAUCAGUAUGAUUAAUUUGAAUAGACUUUGCAAGAGAUGGAUUUAAAUGUUAUGAUUUAGAUGUUCAGGUAAGAAAAUACAACACUGCUGCUUCCACACCUGUGCAACAUUUCCCUGUUGCUGUUGUGGUUUUAAACAUCUUUACAGUGGAGUACAUCACUUCUUUGAAAUGAGUGGGUUUAGUUUACAUAGUCGUAUAUUGCAAAUAAUACUUGUCCAUACUUUUAAGUUUUGUGCCAAAGAAUGGGGACACAGUUACAGCUGUACUUUGAUCAUAAUGCUUUAUUUUUCUGGCAUAAAUUAUAACCACCUGAUUUUUUCCAAUUGCACACCACUCUUUGAUAGAGUUCUGCUCCAAAAUGCUGAUGCAUAUUUAUUCACUAUACUUGUUUAUUCUUUUGGGGAUCUAAAUUGUGUUUCUAAUGACUAAAUCUGCUGUCACUGUCAUGCAAUAAAUAAAGACCAAUUAAUAUUAUCUUGCUAGAUGCACAAACAGUUUUGUUGCUGGGAACUUUGAGUGCUUAUUUUGUGUAGAAAGACACAGUAAACCAUGUUUGUUCAUUGUUACAGGCAAACAGUUCAUAUAUGCUGCAUUUUGGAACUGUCUUUGCACUUAGUUUGUAAUCUGUUCUUUAUAUAAAUCAAAGCUUAUUAAAAUGCUCUUAUUUA